CAGCAGGACUACAGAAUGGUACCCCUAAAUGGAGAGAGAUUACAGGGCUGAUCAGAGAGGAAGAGAAACAAGGAAGGCUUCUGAAGGAGCUCUGGACCUUCCCAGCUCCCAAAGUCAAUAUUGAGACCCCAGAUGUGUCCAGGGACAUCCUGAAGAGGCUGAGGGGCUGAGGAGCCUUAGGGCGCCCACAGGGAGAUUCCUGGAGCCGACUAGGAGCCAGUGAAUUUGCUGUUGUUUGAGCAUCCUCCGAUUCUUCCCCCACCUGAAUCCCUGUUGCUAUGGAGACCACCAAUGGGACUGAGACCUGGUAUGAGAGCCUGCACGCUGUGUUGAAGGCUCUAAAUGCCACUCUUCACAGCAACUUGCUCUGCCGGCCAGGGUCAGACAACCUGACUGAGGAGAGGCGGGCCAGCCUACCUGGCCGCGAUGACAACUCCUACAUGUACAUUCUCUUCGUCAUGUUCCUAUUUGCUGCCACUGUGGGCAGCCUCAUCCUGGGAUACACCCGCUCCCGCAAAGUGGAUAAGCGCAGUGACCCCUAUCAUGUAUACAUCAAGAACCGUGUGUCUAUGCUCUGAUGCUAAGAGGCCGGGGAUGGCAGAAGAUCAAGAUUCCUGAGGAUUAUCUUGUGGGGCCUCCAGAAUUCAGCUAUGUGUUACAUCAGGCCUCAGUGUUCUAAUCUGUAAGAUCAACAAGAAACAGUACUAAGGGAGGUCAUCACUGGGGAAGGAGGAGAGGAUCUAGCAGACCUAGGCCUUGUGGAUAAGGAUUUUUUCCAGCAAAGAUAGACUUUAUAGACAGUAGGAGCCCUUUGAACAAAUAUAUAAAAGUGGCAGGAAUUCCCUGGUGGUCCAGUGGUUAGGACUCCGUGUUCUCACUGCCAAGGGCCUGGGUUCAAUCCCUGGUCGGGGAACUGAAAUCCCACAAGCCGUUCAGUGUGGCCCAAAAAAAAAAAAAAAAAAUAUAUAUAUAUAUAUAUACACACACAUACACACACAUAUAUAUAUGUAUAUAUAUAUAAAAGUGGCAACAUAUAAUGACAAAUGAGUGUUCUAGUGGCCGGAGUGUUGGGGGCUAGGGGCUAGAGGAAGGAAAAGAGGAAGUUGUAGCAGAGGGAAAUGAGACAGGAAAAUGCCCUGAGGACACAUUUUUUUGAUGUGUUAUCUUCAAUGACCAUGAGAAGCAGCAAUGAUUAUCCCAUAUCACAGACAGGAAAUCUAAGUUAUGUUACUUAUUUAUAUUUUUUCACAUUUUAUGUUUUUCAGCUCAUUUAACAUUUGUGAUUUUACCCCCUGUGAGGGAAGCAGAGCAAGUGCCAUUCUGCCCAUUUGGGCCAAAGCAGUACCAUGACUGGAACCCAGGUUCUCUGGUCACCUUGCCUAGUGCUUUGCAAAACUGUGUGCUACCUAGGAGUGGAUCUAGGCCUGAAACUUAUAUAAUUCUGGGGGGCCCUCCUUAAGAAAAAGAAUUUUAAAAUAUCUUAUUUUUGCAAAUAUUACAAAAACAUAUCACCAUGUUAAUACAUUGUUAGGGCCCCUCCUAAGAAUUUAAGAAGGAGCCAUGCAAGUACAGAGCCCUGACUGUUAAGCCUCAUUAGCUCCAUGGUCCCUGUGCCCCUCCAGCCAUGUCCCAGUGCCCUUCCCAGCCCCAUCUCCAGUCCUGGGGACUUCACUACCUCUAAGGCAGCCUCUAACAUUUUGAAUGAAUUUUGUGAGUAAUUUUCUGAUAUCAAGUUGAAAUCUGCUUCUAGAAGAUUAUUAUCACACCUAGAAGAUUAUCAUAUUAAAAGAGGCAGGUACCUGAUUCAGUGGAAAGAGAACCAGCCCUGAUUCUACUACCAGUGUGGUGUAUAAACUGGCUAGACACUUC